AGCAAGGAUGGUAGAAUCAACGGUGGAGAGCAUACCCACCAGUGUGGCGAUGAAAUGAUGGGAUUUCUAGAACACCGUUUCUAUCUCGGCUGCAGCUGGCAACAAAAUGACCAGGAUGAUCAUCAUAUCAUGUCGUUUAUCUGAGUAUCUGAGUACCUCACGGGGAGAUGCUUCUCAGAUACAUGGAGUUAUGCAGAUGAAUAAGACACUUAUGCACAAGUCUUGGCAUCGCUAGUUGGCCCACUGCAGUCCAGCCUCGGUCUCGGUCUCUACCUCGACCGACGCCGUCUUGACAAAUCCCCUACCGGAAUCGCCGUCUUGCCAACGAACGAACCCGCUAGGCUGAUGAUUUGCGUGGGUUUCGCCGAACUUUAGUAGACCAACCCGUUCGACUAUUCCAAAUCCCUACGUUGGUCAUCCCUAAGGCUAGGUCAUGGCCAACGAGGCAACAUCACCGGGAUCUCCCCGGCUGCUACACCUCUCCCACCCGAUCCGAAGCUUGACGAUAGCUUUCGGCUUGUGGAAAGCCCUUAUCUUUCUAGUCGUCAUUGGAUGCCCAGGCCCGGGCUACGAUACCUCGACCGGUCUCCUGCCCUAUCUCAACUCCGGGGCCGGUGAUGUCAUCUCUAGGGACAUUAAACAUGCCCCUAUCUUGGCCUUGUUGAAAUUCACCAGGUGGGAUUCUAUCUAUUUUGUGCAUAUCGCUGAGAGGGGGUAUGUCUUUGAGCAAGAAUGGGCUUUUGGCUAUGGGUAUACUAGAAUCCUCGCCUUUCUCGCGUCCUAUUUCCAUCCAUCGGACGGAGUGGGCGAAGCCGCCGUGAUCACUGCAGUGGGCAUCGCAGUCUCCCAUAUAGCCCACUAUCUAUCAGUCCUAGCUCUCUACCGGCUGUCAGUCAAUGUCUUUGGCCAGCACUCCCGCGCGCGGGAGCUUCUAUGCUUCCUCGCGGCCGUCUUGCAUAUCAUCUCGCCCGCGGGGGCAUUCCUCUCCGCACCAUAUGGAGAGUCCCUCUUCGCGAUGCUGAACAUCGGCGGCUUCUACCUUUACUCGUCCGCGUUUCUUGACGCCCGGGCACGGAAGGGAGCCUCCAGCCAUGCGAAGUUGCUCCUGGCGGCGGGACUCUUUGCGGUCGCGUCGACGGUGCGCAGCAAUGGUGUCCUCGGCGGGAUCCUAUUUGCGUAUGAUGCCCUGGUGUAUGCCUGGGCGAUCGUUUCCCGCGGCCCGUCUAGAGAAGCUUGUCUUCAUCUGGCUGUUACGAUUGUCGGUGGUUGUAUUGUUGGGUUGGGCUUCGUUCUUCCCCAAGCGAUUGCCUACUUGUCGUAUUGUACCACUGAAGAGACGUUGCGUCCUUGGUGCCAGCGGCUCAUCCCAAGUAUCUAUGGCUGGGUCCAGGAACAGUACUGGGAUGUCGGUUUCCUCCGCUACUGGACCCUAUCAAACCUCCCCCUAUUCCUGCUAGCUCUCCCGAUGCUCAUCCUACUAUGCUGGUCUUCCGUCUGGGCAUGCAAGGGAGGCAUCUCCUUCGGUUCUCCCGCAUCCGCAGCCACCCAUCCAUCCACAAUGACGUCCCUGCUCACCCGACUUGCUCUUCCGCAGGGCAUUCUCGCCGCCCUAGCAUUCACCAGUUAUCAUGUCCAGAUUGUCAAUCGAAUCUCCUCCGGAUACUCCCUAUGGUACUGGUACAUUGCCUAUCAGAUCCUCUCUGGCUUCGAGAACAAACACAGUCGGGCCCUUCCCGUCGCGGUGACCAGCAUGGUGAUGUAUGGGCUGGUUCAGGCUACUCUUUUUGGUUCUUUCCUUCCGCCUGCAUAGGUAUAAUCCGAUAAUGUCAUUUUAUUUAUUUAUUAGC